AUUUUAUUGAAGUUGACCGGCCCAUCUCGGUGUCACUGCCUCAAUUCGCACGCCAAAGAGUUUAUAUAAAUUGCAAGUGUAAUUUUCUUCUUCAUCAUUGUCUUGAAAGCUCGCUCGAAAAUUGAUCGUUUUCCCGAUUAUUUCUACCGCUACGAAAGAAAAAUCCCUAGAUUCGAUUACCGCGAGGUAAUGUUCGUCAUGCGAUUGUCAUAGUUCAAUGCUCAAUUGCUUUAUGUUUAAAGCUGGAUAUUUCCAGAUCUGAAUCCCGUUGCGCGUGGGCUCUGCUUUCGCUGCGAAGAAGCUUUCUUACUCUACACUUUUCGUCUUCUUGAAGUUGUUUACUCUCUCUCUCUAGUUGUAAACAGAGAAGGGAUCUGAGCAAUGGCUAAGGAAGUUUCAAACGGAGGCCACAAUUCAGCAACAAAACCACCUCCGACACCAUCCCCUCUGCGUAAUUCCAAAUUCUUUCAGUCCAAUAUGAGAAUUUUGAUUACCGGAGGAGCUGGUUUCAUUGGAUCACACCUUGUGGACAAAUUGAUGGAAAAUGAGAAGAAUGAGGUCAUUGUUGCGGAUAACUACUUCACUGGCUCAAAGGAUAAUUUAAAGAAAUGGAUUGGACAUCCUAGAUUUGAACUUAUUCGUCAUGAUGUCACUGAGACACUAUUGGUUGAGGUUGAUCAAAUAUACCAUCUUGCUUGUCCUGCUUCACCAAUUUUUUACAAGCACAAUCCUGUAAAGACAAUAAAAACAAAUGUAAUUGGCACACUGAACAUGUUGGGGCUUGCCAAGCGAGUUGGAGCAAGGAUAUUGCUCACAUCAACUUCAGAGGUGUAUGGAGAUCCUCUUGUGCAUCCCCAAAACGAAAGCUAUUGGGGCAAUGUCAACCCUAUUGGUGUUAGGAGUUGCUAUGAUGAGGGAAAACGAGUAGCUGAGACAUUGAUGUUUGAUUAUCACAGACAACAUGGGAUAGAAAUACGGAUCGCUAGGAUCUUCAAUACUUAUGGGCCCCGAAUGAAUAUCGAUGAUGGCCGUGUUGUUAGCAAUUUCAUAGCUCAAGCACUUCGUGGUGAGUCCUUGACUGUUCAAUCGCCUGGAACACAAACUCGGAGUUUUUGUUAUGUAUCAGACAUGGUUGAUGGCCUUAUUCGACUGAUGGAAGGAGAACACACUGGGCCAAUCAACAUUGGGAAUCCAGGUGAAUUUACAAUGCUUGAACUUGCUGAGACCGUAAAGGAGCUGAUCAACCCUGAGGUGGAAAUCGCAAUGGUGGAGAACACGCCAGAUGAUCCUCGCCAAAGAAAGCCAGACAUCACGAAGGCUAAGGAGUUGUUGGGAUGGGAACCGAAGAUCAAGCUGCGGGAUGGGCUUCCCCUUAUGGAGGAAGAUUUCAGUCUGAGGCUUGGAGUCCCAAAGAACAAGUGAAUAAUUUACACUAGUCUGAAAAUGGCAGGAUGGUGCCUGAUAAAUUUUCCAUUGAUAUUAAAAAAUGAAAAGCAAUUCGUGGGGUGCUUCUUUUUUCAAAAUAUUGGAGAAAGUAGAAUAAGUGGUCCGAAUAGGCUGUCACUUUAUAAACGGGUGGGGAGUAUGCCCUUAAAUUUAGUGAGACUGCUGUAAUCUGUUUUAUUUGUUACUUGAUAUGGUAAGAAAGCUUCUUGUCUCUCUUAUUGAUGAAAA